AUGUUACUAUUUGCCAGGUCGGAGAUGCAGACCAAGAUUGCUCAAUUGGAGCAUAGUCUGAAGGAAGUUACGGAAGAAAAAAUCGUUCUGAUGGGGAAAUUUAUGGGCCUAGAACGUGACAAAGUUUCCCUUAGUGUUGUCGUUGGCCAACUAAAACAUGAAAAUGAGGGCUUGAGCAUCCAGUUGAAAAGUGUGGCGAGGGAUUUGUUGGAGAAGGACCGUCCGGUUGAAGAGAAGGCUGGCGUAGUUGAGUGUUUGGAGGAGGUUUUGUCAGGUGUAGUAGAUCAGGUGUUGGAAAGCAAAGAGUUUGGUUGUGGGGUGAAGCGAUUUCCUAAUGCUUGUGUGGAUGCGGGGAAAGCGUUAGGUGUCCAUGAAGCGAAGGAAUUGGUGCAGGGGGUGGCCAUUUGGAAGAUUUUCCUGAAAUAUCGGUGGAUUGUGAGGUUGUUAUGGAUGAGGCUUUAA